AUGGCUAAAGGAGAAAGAAGGACAGCUCGUGGAGGGAAAUCGGGGAAAAACUUGGUGGGGCUUCAGAACAACCCACUUUUUAGAGCAUUGAAUGGUAAAAGUACAAAAGGUUCAAAUGUGAGCACAAACAAGGAAAUUCCUGCAAAGCUGACAGACAAUCCGUUGCUGAAGAGGUUAGACAUGUACAACAAAAACUUGGGGAAAGACAAUCGAAAUAAAAAUCAAGUUAGUAAGAGACUGGCAAAUAAUAGAUUGGCUAUGGCUCUUAAUAUUGUUCCUACUCUUGGUGCAAAUAAUUCCAUUGGUCUAAAACCCCCAAAAUUUUCAAAAAGCAAUAAAAAGGCUACUAUUUCCAAGUCAAAUAGAAAGAGCAGCAUUCCAAAAGGCCCCAGUGGAAGUGGAAUCAAUGUGAUGGAUGAUAAUAAACCCACUACUAAUAGAGAUGUGACGUUUAAAAAUGCAUCACUGAUACCUUUUAUGAGAUUACAAAACCUCACUCCAGAUGCUUCGGAAUCUGAUAUUAGGAUGGUUUUGUCGAAAAUAUUGGGCCCAACGUUGAAAAUAAUGAAAAUGGGUGCAACUUAUAAUGGUAAACCAUCUGUUACUGCAGAAGUCUUUUUUAUUCAUGAAGAAAAGUUGGAGGAAUAUGUCCAAAGGAUGGAUAAAAUCCAAGCAGAUGGUAGGAUUUUACGUGCACAUAUAUCCUACAAAUCAUGGAUUAUCAAUUCAGAUAGGCUCUGGGAUAGUGUAUUAAAGGAAGUUGCGAUGUUAAAACAGCAACAGAUUAAAAGGCAAGUACUGGAGAAUGAUGGACUUGUACUCCCAUAA